CAUGUAUGUCGUGUAUAUCGAUAUAUAUUAAACAAAAAACAUAAACAAUGUCGCUUGUGGCGGAUUAUAGCGAUUCCUCCGAGUCAGAUGAUAGCAGUAAAAAAUCCGAAAACGAAGAGAUAAAUGGGCCGCCGCCACCCGAAAAGGUGUCACCAAAACUGCCGAGCGCGAGCCAGGCGCUGGGUAAUGCUGGAGCUAAGAAGACGGGCGAGGUCUUCUCCAAUCCAUUUCUAGAGGCGGAGCUGCACAAGACUGCGUCUUUGGAACGGCAUGUUAAAAUGGUCAACAACGACACGCAUUUGCAGCUGAAGAAUGGCCGCAAGAUCUGCUGGAACUUUAGAAAAGGACGCUGUCGUUUUGGAACCAGCUGCCAAUACGCUCACGACUCCGAUUUGGCGAUGACCGAAACGAUUGCCCCUAAAAAUAGUUUUGAGGCGCCAGUACAAGCUGUGCAGGCGGUGAAAGAUUCUGGAAAAUCCAACUCACGCAAGCGGCCCGGCCUGGGCGAUGGCUUGGAGCCGGGAAAACGGGUAAUGAAGUCGUACCAGCAGCAACAUGUAUCUAGCCGUCGUUAAACCAUCCCAGCAUCUGUGAUCUGCAGCAA